AUGAAUGUGAACUUCCGCGUCGUGGUCGGUACCGAUCUGUCAGAGAGAGUGCAGAUUUCCACGGCUGGCUUGCAACUUGUGCCUCGUGUCACAAAGUGGUGCCGGCUGCAGCGGUCGCACUCUCGCGCGACACCUUGGAGGGCUACGAAUGCCAACGUCGAGGACACGGCAGGUAUGUGGCUGUGCGGGUUGUGCGGCAUAGGAGCCUUGGGUGCCUUGGUGAGAAGACCCUGCAGAAGGGGAGUGGCGCGGAUUGCCAGAGUCAAAGCAACAGGAGAAGAGGGAGAAGAAGGAAGAGGUGAAGAUUGCGACGUCCUGCUGGUGCUGGGUGAAGGUGGUGAGGGCCCUUGUCCCUGGGGCGAGGCAGGCACCGAGACGAUGUCCCGAGGCCUGGAUUUCCAGGCAUCGGUCACAUGGGACGAGGCAGCCCAGCACCUUGCCAAGAAGCUCCGAGCUGCUGUGCCAGGACUUCACGUCCGCGUCGUCUGCGUGGCUACCGGCCCGGUCGAACCCGAAGCCGAUCCGACACCUGCACAAGACCUUGCCUGCCUUGAGCCCACCGCUGCGAGCCUGUGUGCGUGUGUCAAUGUGCCCAGGAACACCUGCGAGCGUAUCUCGCAAUCCUGCCGAAGUCUGCUGGUUCUGACAACGCUCGACGGCGGCUCACCAGGACAUCUUGUUCCGCGACAGAGUGCUGAAAGCAACGCUGGACGGAGCGCAGCGGAAGUGCUCCAACGGUGCACGGAACUAUGGUCGAGACAAACAUGUGAGGACAGCCUGUAUGCGCUGCUCUUUGCCGUGCAUUUCGCGGUGAUGCCCGUGGAGCUUGUGGCGCAGGAGCCCCAAAUAGAUACAGUGGAGAAGAUAUUCACCCUCUGCACAAGAUGUCUGUCGGAAGCGGUCGCAGCCGGUCUAGAUUCCGAAGCUCGGGCCUGCCUUGCUUGCCAGAGUGGCUGUGAUGUCCGCGACCAGACCCAGAUGUACCGUUGCACCGUCAGCCACGAGUCUGCGCCUCUGGCCAGUCUGGUGCGAUGCUUCGAGCGGCGCAGGGUUUUCGACUGCGACGCGGAAGUGCCUGAUGUGCCCCUUGCUCCCCUCACUGAGUUCCAAGGCAAGCGGGUGGGUGUCGAAAUGGCGUGGAAGAUCAUGGAGGGGCAUUGGUCCAUGAGCCCAUCAAGCUGUUCAUGGCGGCCGGUGCUAGGGCAGAACCCGGCUUAUGACUACUUCCCCUGCCAGUUUAACAGUUGGUACCGAGAUCCACGUGGAAACCGAGGCUGGUACGAUCCUGUCUUCAAAGUCGUGACGCUUGAUGGACGUGAGGUCUGGCGCAAGCGCCACUACCGCGUGCUCCCAGGAGACGUGCCUGGCAGCUUCAAUCUGAGCACCGAAGACAAUGGAAUCUCGUUGCGGGAGUAUUGGCGAAUUGUGGAUGCCGACGACGAUUUAGCCUGGGCAGUGCUGCACUAUGCCGGUGCUGCGCCAAGUGUUGGCCAAAGUUACACAGGAUCGCUGCUGGUCUCCAGAGAUGGCCGUCUGCCGGAGGACAUUCCCUCCGCACGGAUCGCUGCCGCAUUCCAGAAAGCUGGUGUUGCAAAGUUUGAGCUCUAUGCAAUACACCAGGAUGAGGAGCUAGGCGGAGACUCUGGCAAGCCACCGCUGACCGAGUUCUGCGGCUUGCGCAGGUACGCUUCACAUGCGCCCUCCGCACCCUCGCAGUCUUAG